AUGCCGCUGGAUGACGUGGCGCAGCUAGCAGGCCGGAUUCCGGACGCGAUAACACCGGCUCAGGCCAGCGCAGUCGCGGCGUUGGACAACAGUACAAACAAUACCGCGUCUGUAGCACGGGCCGACCACGAUUCACUCGCGGCCAAGGUUGAGCUUUUGUGCGCCCAGGCUGCGCUGUUGUGCCACGAAGAAUCCUGGCAAGUGGUCUUGUUAGGCUUACGGACGACUUUCAAACCAGACCUGCGGUCGUCAGCGGCAGAACUGGUUUAUGGAGAAACACUGCGCCUUCCUGGUGGCUUUGUAGACGCUGAUGCCAUAGAGACAGUUGCUACUGGCCAGCCGGAUUUCUUGCGACGCUUGAGGGACCAUGUAUCAAAGAUUCGCCCUCCGAAAGCCACACGUCAUGACAAGCCGCCCACUUUCGCGCACCAGGACCUGGAACAAUGUCGUCACGUCAUACUCCGCUGUGAGGGAGUUAAAUCGCCUCUACAAGCUCCUUAUUCUGGUCCAUAUGAAGUGCUACGGCGCAGUGCCUACACGAUGGAUAUCCUAGUGAACGGCAAAACCACGACUGUUGCGUUGAAUCGGGUUAAACCUGCGUAUGUUUUUCCUGACACCCCACUACCUGCAGCACCUCGUCCUAGGCGUCCACUUACCGCUGUUCCAGACACUGACGCCACACCUCCGGCGCCGGCUCUUCAACGUCCGCCGCCCAACGCAGCACAACAUCCGCCCCCUGACGCUGUUCCUCCUCCUCCGACGAGGACGACCCGUUCUGGACGUCGGGUGCACUUCCCGGCGCGAUAUCUCGACACCGACGCUCCGCUUCCGCCCGGGAGGCCGACGUAG